CUAGGAAGUGCGGCGUCAGAUACACGGUUACAUCAAAACAAACUGGACUAGCUUCAAGGGAAGCUGAAAAUUAUUUUUUCCUGUGAUCUCCUGGAAUCUCAUUCGUCUUGAAAUGGAUGACACUCUCUUCCAGCUAAAGUUCACUUCCAAGCAGCUUGAGAGACUGGCCAAGAAAGCAGAGAAGGAGUCUGAAAAGGAGCAGGCCAAGGUCAAGAAGGCUUUGCAACAGAAAAAUGUGGAAUGUGCCAGAGUUUAUGCAGAGAAUGCUAUCCGGAAAAAAAAUGAAGGUCUUAAUUGGCUGCGCAUGGCGUCUCGAAUCGAUGCAGUGGCCUCUAAAGUCCAGACUGCUGUCACCAUGAAGACAGUGACCAAAAACAUGGGCCAGGUGACCAAGGCCCUGGACAAAGCUCUGAACUCCAUGGAUCUCCAGAAGGUCUCUGCAGUCAUGGAUAAGUUUGAAAGCCAAGUCCAGAACCUCGAUGUCCACACCUCAGUGAUGGAGGACUCCAUGAGCUCGGCAAUGACGCUGACCACGCCUCAGGAGCAGGUGGAUGACCUGAUCCACCAAAUAGCAGAGGAGAGCGGCCUGGAGGUGAUGGACCAGCUAAACCAGCUGCCUGCAGGAGCCACAUCAGUGGGCGCAGAGAGCUCACGGAGCCAGGACAAGGAGGACCAACUGUCUCGACGGUUGGCUGCUCUGCGGAACUGAGGCCUCCUCCAGGAGAGGCGACGGAGCUUACGGCUGUGUGGAAGCAGAUGAGCUUAAUGACAGCGACAGGAGCUGUGUAUCUAGUGAACUGUUCGUACCGGGAGGACUUAAUGAGCCUAUUGAUUUUGAUCCCCCUGAUCUAUAAAUACACGCAAACACACACACACACACACCACUGGCUAGAAAUACCACCUGAGAAGGCAUGGAUCUCUCCCUGGUUCACCUUCCCAUUUCGAUCCAUCUAUUCCCGUUUCUAUCUUUUCCUCUUAUUCCCCAUUGGAUCUCAGUUUACCUGUCGCUCUUCUUGUUUCCCCCUCCUUUUUUUAUCCCUCUGUCUGCACCACCACCACCAGCUCCUCCUCCUGUGGCAACACUCCCUGGUUCUCAAAUCACACGCUUUUGGAUGUAGGCUCUGUACAUAUAAGUAAAUCCGUUUUACAAACUAUAUAAUGUAAAUUGAUGAAAAUUUAAAGGUUUUAAUGAGCAGUUGCAGUGCUUAUAAGGGAGUUGGGCGUCCCUGGCUCUCAUACAGUGCAGGGUGGGUUAAAGAUGCAUCUACAUGUUUUUAUGUUUUUUGGGCUCUGUCAGUUCAAAAUGGCUGAAAUGGACAAUUCUGCCGGGAGGAAGGAGACAUACAUUUAAUGGGAAAGAAAUAGGAUUUUUUACCCAUAGCAAGCAACAUGUCGUAACACUAAGAGGGUCCUUCCUUCACCAGAUUCAUCCAAGUAACACCCGCUUCAUAAUCUCUAUAAACAGAUCUCUGGAUUCAGAAUCUAUAGGACGGGACAAGAGUUUGGUGUUGGAAGCGUUCCGGUUUCCAUUUGUAGUCCCAGUAGUAUUGACCAAUCCCGUUUGAGCAGGCUUUGGUUGCAUGGAGGUAAACGUGGAGAGUAAAGGAGGUGGAAAGCAUUGGCUGAAAUGCAAUCUUGGAACCCAUCGACUACUGUCUGAUGGAGAUUUUUGCUUUAUAUUAGCUUUUUUUUUUAAUUUGCAUUUAUAUGCAAAUAUCUGUUUAUAGAGUUACCCAAAAAAGCUGACUUGUUGUCAAAUUUGAAAGUCAAGUUACUAAUCGGACUGUAAACUAUGCCUGUGUCGUCAGGCGAUUGCCGGGGGGUUCCAAGAUUGUUUGCUUUAUGACAUGAUUAUAACACUUUAUACAACAAAGGACAAUCUCACCUUUUGUUUCACAGUGUCCAAAUUAGUUAAUUUUGUGUUGUAUUUAACUUUUAUUCUUCUUUAUUCAGACUUUUUGCUUUGAACGCCUUAUUCGGGAUGCAGGUGCUUGCAUAGGUGCUUCCCCAACCAGUGCCUGAAAGAUGGUAGUCUAGUAGUAACAGCAGUAAAUCCAAACUCAGCAGACAUUGGUCAGAACAAGGAAUUUUCCAUUCCCCUUCCUGCCAGACAAGCCUGAGAUGUUCUUGUGUCGGUCUUAGCCAGCUUCACUUCAACACUGGCUGUGAUGAGUGUGAGCUCUGGUUGCCUGAUCUCUUUUUUGGUUUUGGGUGUUUGAUUCAAGGUUUGGAAAAUCCUCCCUGCCCCCCAUCCAGCAACGCUGAAACCUCACUCAGAUAUUUUUGGAAGCUUCUCUGUCUCAAAAUAAAAUAAUCCUCCGCACCUGUCUCAGUCAUCCCAAACGGUUUCAGGAUAAGACAUCAGAGCAGGGAUGUACAUGCUGGAUCUUUUUUUUUUUUCAUUUGACAGGAGUUACUUGCUGCUCCUAAUUUGCCUUGAAAACCACACAUUUGCUUGAAACGUUGAUAUUUCAGGUAAAUGUGGGAGAUGUGCUGGAAGGUGGUUCGCAUCAAGAGCAGGUGAUGUUUUUUUCUGUUGUUUUUUUGAGUUCAUUGCUCUGUAUUGAGUACCCUGUUAAGUGCUUUGAAUGGUUUUAAUGCUUCCUUCUUUGUGCGUUCAAUGUAAACGUCAGCAAGAGGGCGAGCAGGCUAAAGCCACACCACCAAUGACAGAGCAGCUUCACCCUCUGACAGUGUUUUCAGUUUGUUGUCCAUUUUAACACAGGGAGGGUCUAUUUAUACUCAAAGAUCAGCAGACUUUGCGACACUUUUGUUUUGUAUAUUAAUCUUGUGCAAAUAAACUCUUACCCUCUGA